UUGCUCCCUUAAAAUAAUUUUCAGCGGGAGUCGCUCUGCUGAAGUAUUUAAUACUGUCCAUAUCGAAUAUUAUGCAAAAUUAAGAAUACAUUAGUAAGUUGCAAAUUUCGAUAAGAUUGAAAAUCUUCCGAAAUAUAUCUAUAUAGUUCGGUGACCAUUUUAACAGUUUGCUCAGUGUAUAUCAACCACUCUGUUCUAAACAUAAUUGAAAUGAAGUUAAUAUGCUAGAGUUAUUAAAUGAUUUAAUACAAUUCAUACAGAUGCGUAGAGCCAAGAUUAUGUCGUAAAUGCUAUCAAUAGACCCUUCAGCAGUUAAGAAACUGUCACAAACUGUCACAAAUUGAAAUUCAUUACUUUUUAUUUUCAGCAGACAGAACCCGAACUGCCUGAUAAAAGUGGAAAAAAGUUAGAAACCUAUAAAGUUUAUGGAUCGAUUAUUAAGUUUUUUUAUCGCAAAGAUAUAUAGAUAUAAGGCAUUUCAGAAUUUUGAACUAUGUCAGAAGGAUUUACAAAUCGUAAUCACUGUUCCACCAAUUUGUACGAAAUCAUACACAACGAUGUUGCAGAAUGCCUUCCAUUUCAUUGGCUAUACAAAGCGCUAUUCCUUUGUCCGGGAAACGGAGGCAAUAUUGCAAUAUUGGGAAAACAAAUGGGAUACAGAGCAAGGGCUUUCAGACUUCAAGAAAACGACUAGGCUUCUUCUGGUAAAUCUAAGAGGUAGAACAGCAUCAAUUACAGCACUGUCGACCGAAGAUGGAACUCCUCGCCGGCUUCACACCCUAGCUGGUGGAGGUUGGGGAGGACAAGCAGUUAACGAGGAAUUCAAACAGUUUCUCAUAAAAAUUGUCGGUGCACCUGUCUUCCUAAAAUUUGUUGAGGAGGAAGAAAGCGACUGGAUGGACUUAAAAAUGAAGUUUGAAACUAUCAAGCAUGGCGUUAAAAGUGAAGACGAUGGAAAAGUAUCUCUCAGACUGCCUGUCAGUCUACGGGAGAUUCUUGAAGAGUGUUGCAAUGAAAAUGUGCAAACUGCCGUACAAGCGUCCCCCUAUUCAAAGAAAAUAUAUUUCACGAGGGACCUAAUGCGUUUAGAUGUUAGUAUCAUCAAAGAUCUUUUUACAAACUCAGUAGAAAAGAUAAUUUCCAACAUAAAGGAAACCCUGCAAAUCGAAGCAGUAACAGGAACAAAGACCAUUAUUAUGGUAGGUGGAUUUUCAGAAUCGCCUUUAGUUCAGAGUGCUGUGAAAGAAGCGUUCCCCGACUGUAAUGUUUUCGUCCCGAAGGAGCCUGCAUAUGCAUUGCUAAAAGGUGCAGUCAUGAAAGGACGCAACGUAGAACCACAAAAAGCAUCAGUAACGGCCGUGUCUAAAUUUACAUACGGCGUUCAUGUGUGUCAUAUCAAUGACGAACACGGUAGCUCAGAAAUUGAAAAAGAAGAAACUAAAAUUUUCUUUCGAAAAGGAGAACCAAUUUCUGUAGGAGACAAAGUAACGUGGAAGUUCACGUUAGAAACAUAUGACAUGCAACACGUAGAAAUUCAGUUUUUCACGUCACCAAGAACGGAUACCGUAUCAGUAGACGAAAGCGAAAUCGAGUAUCUGGAAAAGGUUAGGCAUGAUUUCGACGGUCUGCAUACAAAGACUAUAAAGAUAGAAAUGCUUUUCCAUCCGUUUUGUUUUGAGAAGGAGGUAAUGCAACCACAUCAAUUUGUGCGCUUUUUAUAAUUUAAGAUGAAAAAUCUGUGAAGGCAAUGUAAUUGGUACAGUAUUGUGAUUUGUUGUUGCUAGGAGAUGUUGCAUUAUCAGUGUUGAUUUUUAUACCUGGUUAUGUAAUUUGUAUUUGAAACAACGCUCUUUGUAUAUACAGAGUGAUGACGUGAUGUAAAUGUCUACUAAUCAAUAUAUUCACAACAAUGCUGGGUUACUGGUAUCUACUUUCGCGGUUGUCUGUGGGUUAUAUUCCUUGCUUCAGCUGAAAUGAUUUAAGCUGGUAUGUCCAUGCUUUGAGUUAUGAACGUGCACAAUAUAUUCGUUUUUAAUCCCCUGCCGUGGCGGAGGGAUUAU